GUCGCAACCAGGUGGCGAUGGUAACACACAACAUGGUAUGGAACAGUUCACACGACAACCCAAGUGGAACAUCUUUCCUCGAAUAUUUGCUGAAUGAAGCAGAUUUUGCUAAAACCAGUAAGUAGGUAAUUUUCUAAAAGCACAAAAUAAUCUUAACCCAAAUAAAUAUUACCUCGAAAAUAAAAUAUGGGUUAUAAGGACAAAGUCGAUUGGCGACAUCAUAUUUUCUGAUAAAUCCAUCAAUCGUGGGGGACUUAAAUAAAUUUCAGUCACGAAAUUAUUUCCCCAAUACACGCAACAUGCCUCCAAAAGGAACAACACACUUGCCUUUUAACUUUUCCAAAGUAUGGGUGCAUGUGAGCAACUUAACUUUGACGGAUUCAAUUAUGUAAUUGAAAUAUUGAGACACGAAAAAUUAUGCUUUGGUUCAACUAUAUCGAGAGAUACAGCGCCAAUUGGAAAAGGGCUGAGUCCUUUUCAAAAAACAAAAGCCCCUGAAUUAUUCAAGCAAGGACCUGGAAGCUACGAUACUGAACACUAUACAUCUGCACUAUAUCCAAUACUAAAUAAGAUCCGAAGUAAGAGAGGUGUAGCCACUCUAGCAAACAAAGAAAAACGUUUCAAAGAAAAAUUCAUUCGUACACCAUCUCCAGGCAGAUAUGAAGUAACCAAAAAUCUAGAAACCAAACAAGCAGCAGCUCCUUUUAACAUUAAAUCCAGCUACGGAAGACCAGAAAACAAUUUACCAGGCCCGGGCACCUACCACAUUGAAAAAACGAAAAAAUGCCGUAGGACAAGGUUCAUGGACAACUUUGGACACCCUACCAUGAUUUACGCUGUCGAAUUUAAUUGCGUUCCAGUUCCAGUGGACGCUUGUCUCAAAUGUAAAGAAAUUUGCAAAGGAGAUUAUUGGCACAGAGAUUAUGCGGUGUUUUUGUGCCACUUGUGCUGGGAAGAGGAAAGAUUUAUCAAGGAAUUGUACACCAAGCAGCAAUUGAAAGAGUUUAAGAAAAUCCGAAAUUGUUCUUUUGAGCACAACCACGAAGGUUGCGAAGCUGCCACCUUGAUACUACCACCGAAUAAGCUCAAGAAAAAAUUGAGGCUGGAGAAUUAUUUGGAUUUGUAUAUUGACUGUUAAUUGAAUAUUCAUAAUUUAAAAUUCCAAGUAUAUUUGCAAUAAUAUUGUUUGUUAAAUGCAGCUUAUUAAUUUUAAUUUCCAAGUACAUAUACUUUUUUCACAGAAAACAGGGAUUGAAGGUGCCAUAUUUCAAUACCCAUGCAUAAAAAAAUACUUAAUUACCUACCCUUGUGAUUUCGCCUGUAGAAAUUCUGGAUGGAAAAAUUUGGAAACUGCCAAUUUUUUAAAUACAAAUUAUGUAAUGGAAAACUCAAACUUUUCAAAUAUAUAUGUAUAGGCAUUUGUCUAUUGUUUAUUAACUGUAGUAGGUACUUACUGUAUAUAGAUAAUAACUUUUUCCAAAUAGAGUUACCUAUAUACAGAAUUUUGAUGAGUUUCUUUGAAUAAAAAAAAGUGACAUAAUCCCAGUAAACACACUUGUUCACGUUUACCUGAAGUUUAUUUUAAUUUAAGAUUAUUUUUUUACUAGCAUUUCAUGCCAAGUUUAUGUAAAUAUUAUCAUUAGUAUCUACUAAAUUCAUGAAAUUUCAAAUUCUUUCAUGUAAAGAAUUAUUUGCAUCUAAAUGAUCAUUCGGGACCCCCCCAACUCCAUACACUAAAUUAUUCUCAGAUUUGGAGCCGGAUUUUAUGAAAAAAGGCACUUAGAAGAAUCGAUAAGUCACUCUUAAAGGCUUAACACGAUUUUAUUUCUAGAACUUAAAGUCCAAAUGAGCUGAAAUUUUCAGGACUUUUAGUCUUCUACUGGAAUAAAAAUCGCUGAAAAUUUCAGCUUUCUAUUUCUAAUAGGAAAAAAGUUAUGAACUUCCAAAGUUUUCCAAAAUCCAAAUCAUAAGGUAGCUUACUAAAAUGAUGAAAUUUCAAUUUUUUUUAUGUUAAGAUUUUGUGUCCUCACGGUCCUUUGGGAUCCCCCAAACUUCAUACACUAGAUAAUUCUGAGAUUUGGAGCCGGAUUUUAUGAAAAAAGGCACUCAAAAAAAUUGAA